AUGGGUCUUAACUUGCAGGAACUCUAUGGCCAAAAUAUAGUUGAAGAGCAGAAACCGAACGAAUAUUCGGAGUACCAGCCAAAGCGUGGCUAUGGCUGGGCUAACACUUUGCCCGAGAGGCAGGGUCUCUAUGACCCCGAAUAUGAGAAGGAUGCUUGCGGUGUAGGAUUUGCUGCUCACAUCAAGGGCAAAGCAAGUCACAAAAUUGUCAGCGAUGCCCGCAAUCUGCUUUGCAACAUGACGCAUCGAGGAGCCGUUGGAUCUGAUGCACGAGACGGUGAUGGUGCCGGUGUUAUGACCAGUAUUCCGCACAAAUUUUUCGUUAAGAAUUUCGCCCGAGAAGUUGGCGUUGACCUUCCUCCGCUUGGCCAGUAUGCCGUCGGUAACUUGUUUUUCAAGCCCGAUCAGGAGUCUCUUAAGGAGUCUACCGCCAAGCUCGAGGAAAUUGCAGAAUUUCUCGGUCUGCGGGUGCUAGGGUGGCGUGAGGUCCCUCGCGACUCAACCCUCUUGGGUCCUGCUGCUCUGUCCAGAGAGCCGAUCAUCAUGCAGCCAUUUGUGGUCUUGAAGUCCGCAUAUGGUGAGGGAAAUAAGCCAGAGAACACCGAUCCUGAGUCGUUCGACGAGAGGACUUUCGAGCGCCAGCUCUAUGUUCUUCGGAAACGAGCUACUCACGUCAUUGGUCUCGCUAAUUGGUUCUAUCUGUGCUCCCUCAGUAACAGAAACAUUGUCUACAAGGGUCAAUUGGCCCCUGUUCAGGUUUACCAGUACUACCAUGAUCUCGUCAAUGUUGAUUACGAAGCGCACUUCGCUCUCGUCCACUCCCGAUUCUCUACCAACACAUUCCCGUCUUGGGACCGUGCACAGCCUCUGCGAUGGGCUGCCCACAACGGUGAAAUCAACACCUUGCGCGGAAACAAGAACUGGAUGAGAGCUAGAGAAGGCCUUCUUAAGUCUGACAUUUUCGGUGACGAGCUGGAUUCUCUGUACCCGAUCGUUGAAGACGGUGGCUCUGACUCGGCUGCCUUCGAUAAUGUCCUGGAGUUGCUGAUGAUCAACGGUGUUCUUUCUCUGCCCGAGGCGGUCAUGAUCAUGAUUCCCGAGGCUUGGCAGGAUAACCCGGCCAUGGACCCUGCCAAAGCUGCCUUUUAUGAGUGGGCUGCUUGUCAGAUGGAGCCUUGGGAUGGACCUGCGCUCUUCACUUUCUCUGAUGGGCGUUACUGUGGUGCGAACUUGGACCGCAACGGUCUGCGUCCUUGCCGUUUCUAUGUGACCGAUGAUGACCGUAUUAUCUGUGCCUCGGAAGUCGGUGCCGUGGACAUUGACCCGGAAAGAGUCGUCCAAAAGGGUCGUCUACAGCCUGGAAAGAUGCUCCUGGUUGAUACUGUGGCCGGCCGUAUCAUCGAUGAUUCUGAACUGAAGCACACUGUCGCCCACCGUCAAGACUUUCCCGCAUGGCUCGACAAGGAACUUUUGAAACUGCCUGACAUCAAUCGGAAGUUGCUCGAACAGAAUGUUGAUCUUAGUUACACACUCGACGAUACCACUGUUCAAAAUGACCCUCGGCUCAAGGCCUUCGGUUAUUCUUUCGAGCAGGUCAGUCUGCUUCUCGGUCCUAUGGCUGCGGAUUCGAAGGAAGCCCUCGGUUCAAUGGGCAAUGAUGCUCCACUGGCCUGCAUGGCGCAGCAGCCUCGCCUUCUUUACGAAUACUUCCGCCAGCUCUUCGCUCAAGUCACCAACCCUCCCAUUGACCCUAUUCGCGAGGCCGUUGUCAUGUCUCUCGAGUGCUAUGUCGGUCCUCAGGGCAAUCUCUUGGAGAUGGAUGCCUCGCAGUGCAACCGUCUGCGUCUUCCCUCCCCCAUCUUGAGCAUCCCCGAGUUUAAUGCCAUCAAAAACAUCAGCCAGGUCUACAAUGACUGGACGGUGAAGAUCAUCGACAUCACUUUCGAGAAGAAGAGGGGCGUCCCUGGUUACCUCGAGGCCCUUGAUGCCAUUUGCGAUGCUACCACCGAUGCAAUUCAGAAUGGCGACAAGAUCAUUGUCCUCUCUGACCGGGCAACCUCCGCGGAUCGUGUUCCUGUGUCCGCAUUGCUCGCUACGGGUCUCGUGCACCAUCACAUGGUCCGCAAUAAGUGGAGAUCACUUGCGGCUCUCGUCGUCGAAACUGCGGAGGCUCGAGAAGUCCACCACAUGUGUGUCCUGGUUGGUUAUGGUGCUGACGCUGUCAAUCCCUACCUAGCCAUGGAGUGUAUUCUCAAGAUGAACCGGGAGAAGUUGAUUCGCAAGCAACUUUCCGAUGAGAAAGUCAUUGAGAACUACAAGGCUUCUUGCGACGGAGGUAUCCUUAAAGUCAUGAGCAAGAUGGGUAUUUCUACCCUGCAAUCAUACAAGGGUGCCCAAAUUUUCGAGGCUCUCGGUAUUGAUGACAGCGUCAUUGACCGAUGUUUCGCUGGAACUGCGAGCCGUAUCCGUGGAUUGACUUUUGAGCUGAUCGCCCAGGAUGCAUAUGCCUUCCACGAACGCGGAUACCCAUCUCGCUCCAUCAUUGAAAUUCCCGGACUUCCUGAAUCGGGCGAGUACCACUGGCGUGACGGAGGUGAGGCGCACAUCAACGACCCCGUCAGUAUCGCCAAUGUCCAAGACGCUGUCCGUACCAAGAACGACAAGUCUUACGAGGCUUACGCGAAGGCCGCACAUGAGCAGAUCAAGAACUGCACUCUGCGUGGUAUGCUCGACUUCGACUUCGAGCAACGGAGCCCCAUUCCUGUUGACCAGGUUGAGCCUUGGACUGAAAUCGUCCGUCGUUUUGUGACAGGUGCCAUGUCGUACGGAUCCAUCUCCAUGGAAUCUCACUCCACACUGGCCAUUGCCAUGAACCGUCUUGGUGGUAAAUCCAACACGGGUGAAGGUGGUGAGGACCCUGAGCGUAGCAAACGACUGGAGAAUGGUGACACCAUGCGGUCUGCCAUCAAGCAAAUUGCCUCCGGCCGUUUCGGUGUGACCUCCCACUACCUUGCUGAUGCCGACGAGCUGCAGAUCAAGAUGGCCCAGGGCGCUAAGCCUGGAGAAGGUGGUGAGCUGCCCGGCCACAAGGUUGUCGGCCCCAUUGCCCACACUCGUUACUCCACUCCCGGUGUCGGUCUUAUCUCACCUCCACCUCACCACGACAUUUACUCAAUUGAGGACCUGAAGCAGCUUAUCUAUGAUCUCAAGUGUUCCAAUCCUCGGUCCCGCGUUUCCGUGAAACUGGUGUCUGAGGUUGGUGUCGGUAUCGUAGCCUCCGGUGUCGCCAAGGCCAAGGCUGAUCAUAUUCUGAUUUCCGGUCACGACGGUGGUACUGGUGCUUCUCGCUGGACUGGUAUCAAGUACGCCGGUCUUCCAUGGGAACUGGGUCUCGCUGAGACCCAUCAGACUCUGGUCCUCAACGAUCUGCGUGGUCGUGUAGUGGUUCAGACUGACGGUCAACUUCGCACCGGUCGUGAUAUCGCUAUCGCCUGUUUGCUGGGUGCUGAAGAAUUCGGUUUCGCCACCACUCCCCUGAUCGCUCUUGGUUGCAUCAUGAUGCGGAAAUGUCAUUUGAAUACUUGUCCUGUUGGUAUCGCAACUCAGGAUCCCGAACUCCGCCAAAAGUUCAAGGGCACACCCGAGCACGUGAUCAACUUCUUCUACUAUGUGGCUAAUGAGAUGCGUGCUAUCAUGGCCAAGCUGGGCAUUCGGACGGUCAACGAGAUGGUUGGACGUGCUGAGUUGCUCAAGGUCAGGGAGGACAUUCGGACCGCUAAGCAGGAGAGAAUUGACCUCUCCCUCAUCCUGACUCCCGCUCACUCUCUCCGUCCUGGCGUGGCUACCUACAAUGUUCGCAAGCAAGACCACCGUCUGCACGUCCGCCUUGACAACAAGCUGAUCGCAGAGUCCGAACUGGCGCUGGAGAAGGGUUUGCCUUGCAGAAUUGAGUGUGACAUUGUCAAUACUGACCGUGCCCUGGGCGCUACUCUAUCUUACCAGGUCAGUCGCCGCUAUGGUGGAGCCGGCCUUCCUCAAGACACCAUCCACGCCAACAUCAAGGGCUCUGCUGGUCAGUCCUUUGGUGCUUUCCUUGCUCCUGGUAUUACUCUCGAACUUGAAGGUGACGCCAACGAUUAUGUGGGCAAGGGUCUUUCUGGUGGUCGUCUCAUUGUAUAUCCCCCUCGCGGCGCUGCCUACAAGGCAGAGGAGAACAUCAUUAUCGGUAACACCUGUCUCUACGGUGCUACCCGGGGUACUUGCUACUUCCGUGGUGUGGCCGCUGAACGUUUUGCUGUUCGUAACUCCGGUGCUACUGCUGUUGUUGAAGGUGUUGGUGACCACGGUUGUGAGUACAUGACCGGUGGUCGUGUGCUCAUUCUUGGCUCGACCGGUCGUAACUUCGCUGCUGGUAUGUCCGGUGGUAUCGCCUAUGUCUUGGACAUGAACCAGGAUUUCCUCUCCAAGGUCAAUAUGGAGAUGGUCGAGGUUUCGGGCCUGGAAGACCCUGCUGAGAUCGCCUUUGUCCGCGGUUUAAUCGAGGACCACCACCACUACACUGGCUCAGAACUGGCCGCUCGUAUCCUUCUGGACUUCACCCGUGCUCUUCCCCACUUUGUCAAGGUGUUGCCUACUGACUACAAGCGCAUUCUUGAGGAGGACGCUGCCAAGGCCGCUGCCGCUAAGAAGGCCGAAUUCACUAUUCCCCAGCUUCCCAGCACUCCUGUCGAGAAGCCCAAGCCCAAGACGGAAGGAGAGGAGAAGAAGGCCGAGAUGCUGGACAUUGAAGACAGUGUGAGCGAUUCAAAGACUGAGAAGAAGAGGUCCGCUUUGAUCCUCGACAAGACGAGGGGUUUCAUGAAGUACAGCCGGCGCAGCGAGAAAUACCGCAACCCGGCUACUCGUACCCGUGACUGGGCCGAGCUGUCGAGCCGUCUCAGUGAGGAUCAGUUAAAGUAUCAAGCUGCCCGCUGUAUGGACUGUGGUGUCCCCUUCUGCCAAUCUGACACCGGUUGCCCUAUCUCCAACAUCAUUCCCAAAUGGAAUGAGCUGGUGUUCUCUGACCAAUGGCAGGAUGCUCUGAAUAGGCUACUUCUAACAAACAACUUCCCCGAGUUCACUGGUCGGGUCUGCCCUGCCCCUUGCGAAGGCGCCUGUGUGCUGGGCAUCAAUGAAGACCCUGUGGGUAUUAAGUCUAUCGAAUGUGCCAUCAUCGACCGUGGCUUUGAGAUGGGCUGGAUGGUCCCUCGGCCCCCUAAGACGCGCACCGGCAAGACAGUCGCUGUUAUUGGAUCCGGGCCCGCUGGUCUCGCCGCUGCAGACCAGCUUAACCGUGCCGGACACAGCGUCACUGUCUACGAGCGUGCUGACCGUAUUGGCGGUCUGCUGAUGUACGGUAUCCCCAACAUGAAGCUUGAUAAGAAGAUCGUCCAACGCCGCGUCGAUCUCAUGGCCGCCGAGGGUGUCAAGUUCGUCACCAACACUGCCGUUGGCCCUGACAGCGAGGUGUCCCUGAACUCGCUGCGCCAGAGCAAUGACGCCGUCAUCAUCGCCACUGGUGCCACUGUUGCCCGCGAUCUAAAGGUCCCUGGCCGUGAGCUGGACGGUGUACAUUUUGCCAUGCAGUUCCUGCACCGCAACACCAAGUCUCUUCUCGACUCGGGUCUCUCUGACGGCGAGUACAUCUCUGCCAAGGACAAGCACGUUGUUGUCAUUGGUGGUGGUGACACUGGUAACGACUGCAUUGGUACCUCUGUUCGCCAUGGUGCCAAGUCUGUUGUUAACUUCGAGUUGCUGCCUCAGCCUCCACCAGAGCGUGCCCGUGACAACCCAUGGCCCCAGUGGCCCCGUGUUUACCGUGUCGACUACGGCCACUCCGAGGUCAAGACCCACAUGGGCAAGGAUCCUCGCGAGUACUGUGUCAUGUCUACUGAAUUUGUCGACGACGGUAACGGUCACGUCAAGGGUAUCAACACUGUCCGCGUCGAAUGGACCAAGAGCGCCUCUGGCGGUUGGGAUAUGAAGACCGUUGAGGGUAGCGAACAGUUCUUCCCUGCGGACCUUGUUCUCCUUUCUAUGGGUUUCCUCGGUCCUGAAGACCGCCUUCUGGGCGAUGAAAUUGAGCGCGAUGCCCGUAAGAACGUCAAGACGCCUCCAGGUCAUUAUUCAACCAGUGUGUCCGGCGUCUUUGCUGCUGGUGACUGCCGCCGAGGACAGUCGCUCAUUGUCUGGGGUAUCAACGAAGGCCGUCAAUGUGCUCGUGAAGUUGACAGCUUCCUGAUGGGCACCAGCUCUCAGCUUCCUGUGACUGGUGGUAUCGUACGCCGAGCAGCCAUUGACAUGGUCCCAAAGACAAGCGAGACCACUACUGUUGUCGCCUAG